AUGGUUACUGAAAAACAUGAAAAAAAGACGUCUGCCACUAAUGGUGACUGUGUAAAACACGAAGAAAAACAAUAUCUUGAUUUAGUUCAAGAAGUUAUUGGAAAAGGUCUUGAAAAGACUGAUCGCACAGGUGUCGGUACGCGUUCUAUAUUUGGUCCACCAAAUAUGCGAUUUAAUUUACGAAAUGGAAAUUUUCCAUUACUAACAACAAAACGUGUGUUUUGGCGUGGUGUUGUUGAAGAACUUUUAUGGAUUAUUAGUGGCAAAACAGAUGCAAAUAUACUUGAUGCAAAAAAUGUAAAAAUAUGGAAUGAUAAUGGUACAAGAGAAUUUCUUGAUAAACUUGGUUUUAAUCAGCGUCAAGUAGGAGAUCUCGGGCCUGUCUAUGGUUUUCAAUGGCGUCAUUGUGGUGCAAAAUAUAUCGACUGUAAAACUGAUUAUACAGGUCAAGGUGUUGAUCAACUUGCUCAAUUGAUUCAUAUGAUCAAAACAGAUCCUAAUUCACGUCGUCUUGUCUUAUGUGCAUGGAAUGUAAGUCAAUUAUCUGAAAUGGCUUUACCUCCAUGCCAUGUCCUAUGCCAAUUCAACGUGUCAUCAUCUAAAGAAUUGUCUUGUCUUAUGUAUCAACGUUCAUGUGAUCUCGGUCUCGGCGUUCCAUUUAAUAUUGCAUCCUAUUCUUUACUAACAUAUAUGAUUGCACAUGUAUGUAAUUUAACACCAGGUGAUUUUAUCUAUUCAAUGGGCGAUGCACAUGUUUAUCUGAAUCAUGUUGGACCAUUAAAUGAACAGAUUGAACGAGAACCAGUUCCAUUUCCAACGUUACAAAUUAUUAAUAAACGAAAUUCAAUUGAAGAAUUUACUAUUGACGAUUUCAAGCUUGAAAAUUAUUCACCAUAUGGUCCUAUUAAAAUGAAAAUGGCUGUGUAA